CUUUUGUGCGAUCGACUGUGUGACUGCUGAGUGGAGGAACUUUGAGUGGACUGGUUUGUACUUUGAAUGGGCAAUUGGUAAAAGCCGGAACUUGAGAUCAUUCUUGCAGUCUGUAUUGAGAUAUCUAUAGGCCCCCAACUAGAUAUUUAUAAAAAGCACAAAUAAACCAACAAACAACACGACAAGACAAGAGUCUGUCGCUGACAAGGAAGAACUUCGAAGGGAAGGAAGGAAGGACGAGAAGACAUACAACAAUUUCACAAAACUCUACCCAGCUGAUCGAGUAAAAAAUGUCAUUCUCAUUGUGAUUAAAAACAUUAAUGAAAGACUGCUCAGCGAGCACCGGCUCCAGCUCCAAACAUGGCGAAGUUCGCAGUAACCCCACAACAAGCAGACACCACGGACGAUUGCCUAAAGUGCUCUAUCUGCCUGGAGGUGUUCUGCAAACCAGUUGCUAUCAGCUGUGAACAUGUGUUCUGUGAGGAAUGUCUUUCACCGUAUUUAGACAUCGCUUCGCCAAAUUGUCCGCUUUGUAGAAAGGUCUUUGACCCUAAGAAGAGGGUCAAAGCAAAACUCAUUGAAAAGCAGAUUUCAUCAAUGAAGACGAUAUGCAACGGCUGCAAGAAAAAGAUGUCGUUGUCUAAAGUCAGAAAUCACACACUCAGUUGUUCCAAACUCUACACAAACACAGAUUCGGCACUAAAGUUUCGACCUGUCGCUGCAACCUCACAUACACCUCCCAGCGACAUCCCGAACAGGGCCACGUUCAAAUGUCCUCUCUGCGGAGUGAAGAACCUUGACAGCAACGAUUUAAACAGACAUUGUAAUAAGGAACAUAAAGGGAAUACUGCCUCAGUUGUCUGCCCUAUAUGUGCAUCGAUGCCCUGGGGCGAUCCCAACUACCGCAGCAGUAACUUCAUCGAACACUUAAAUCUUCGCCAUAAAUUUGAGUAUCACACAUAUGUGGACUAUGACGAUGAUGAAGAUGCAGUCUUAGCCAAAGUCCUCCAAUCAUCUCUUCAAGACAAAUAACUCUCCGAGUUGUGCUAGGACAAAACAACAAUUACCCGUGGGACAUCUACUAUUAAAGGAGAGGUACUUCACUGAUAUCCUUACAAGCACUUCCAUUGACAAAAUAUUGGAAUCUUCUAAAGGGGCACCAAGCUCAACAUCUGGGGCAAUGGUCUCUGUGUCCUCAGUGUAAAAUCCAGACCUGUCCUAUGAAAUCAGAAUUACAUCUAUUGCAACACCCCUUACAAAUAUUCUGCCUUUUUAUUGGUUUAGAGGACGUCACAUGAUAUGUCUUAGUUUUACUAGA